AAGAGAGAGAGAGAAACACCCCAAAUAGGACGAUGCGGAACUUCUCAGACCUCGCUGUGUGUCUCGUCGGAUUGUUGUUCCGGACGGGACGCUAGAGGCAACCGUUGACUGACGCACAAAGCUCUUCUGCUGUGACUCCUCCGGUCUCCUGAACUCAAAACUACCGAGAACAUACUGAGUUUGGCUUCGGCCGAGCGACGGACAUCCUUCUGUCUGAGUGUAAUGUACCUGCGGUGAAGAGACAGGAUGGACGGUGAUGUCUCUAGUCCCUCCCUUCCCCUCUCCGCUCUGCGUCUCCUAAUCCCACCGAUCCGGCUGGUCUCUGCAGCCAUCUGGCAGACGGUGGAGCAGAAAAUUGUGUUGGAUUAUGGGCUGCUCGAGGAGUUUGUGUUCAUGGUUACGGAGCUGGUUCCUCAGCUUCUCUCCACGAAGCAGCGGGCAGAACUCAUUUUGGGUCUCAGAGCACGGCUGAUCCUGGAGCUGUGUCGCUGUGAGGAGACUGCCGACCUCCUUGUUAUUCAGCCACAUCUCGACCGAAUGCAGAACCUCAGAACUCUGUGGAAUGCGGAGAGCGGUAAUGCAGAACAAGAAGUCUCUGACUUACAUUUCAUGGGCCUUGUCCAAAAUCUGCUGAGAGAUCCUGAGGAGAGAAGAAUCUUCUUCCAUGAUGUUUUCCCAGCAGACUUUGGCCCUUCGUUUGACAAAGCAAUCCAGACAUUGAUGUGGCUGUUUCUGUCCAGGCUUGAAAAGCUUCUUCCCGCCCAAUCUCUCCAACAGAUUGCAUCUCUGCUCAACAUCUCUGCCUCCUCCGUUCUGCAUGAAAGCAUGGAGACUUUCGCUCAACCUCAGGAGCUCAAAAACUUGCUGGACACUCAGAAAGACCUCGGCCAAUUAGAUGACAUCGACUCUUACAUUGUUGACAGCGGCAUCUUGUCAGCGCUGUGUCUCCCUCCCGUGGAAAGAGUUGUGAUCGUCGGCGAACAAGCGGAAGCAGAGAGCGGGCUCAUGUACACAGUCUGCACAGAGAUGGAGGUGGAAUCUGAGAACAAAGAGGUGUACGCGGAGGGAACCGGGAACUCCGAAGAGUGCGCGCAAACCGAGUGGUUUGGCCUCGGCAGCGAGGUGAAAGCAGAAACGGACACUAUGGUGGUUACAGAUCCCGUCGAAGGCACCGAAGCCAGCGAGAGUGAAAUGGCAGACGACCACAAUUACGACCAACCCGGAACGCUGAUCAUCGGGGAGGACGGUCACGUGACCGUGCUCGACGGUGCGCAGAAGAAGCCAAACAGACGCGGGAGGAAAAAGAAACGACCCGUAGACGAAGAUUACGAUUUGCGAAGCAGAAGGAGGGACAAACAAGACGAUCCGGAUUUUGAAGCGUCGUGGGAGAGACCGGUGCGAAAGAACCGCGGACUCAAGAUGACACGCUACCUGUCACAGUGGAGGAAAUCGGGAAAGGGCAGUAAUGCUACUAACAGCAGCUCUAAAAAGCUUGCUGGAUCCCAAAGUUCUACCAAAAGCAACGACUUGGACGAGAGAACGUGCAAAGUGUGCGGCAAGGUGGUGACUCGCGCCAAGUUCUUAGAGCGUCACAUGGUUCGACACUCAGAGGAGCUGCCCUUUUCUUGUCCCACGUGUAAAAGGUUUUAUAAGAGCUUGCGUUACCUGCAGCAACACCGAUGUCCAAAUCAGACAAAAGGGAGACCUGGCAGGAAAGCAAAGGUGCAAGAGACCGCCGCAGACGAGGGCGAGCAGUCAUCUAGCGGGGUACCUGGUGAGGCAACGGGUGAAGAGCAGCCGUCAGACGACGCAGCGCAGGGCCUCGAAUCAGGAGACAAAAGCCCCGAAGGAGACAAAAGCCUGCUAGAAGGCCCGUUCUACUGUCCUCACUGCAGCGUCGAGUUCAAGUGCCGACAAACUUUUAGGUUCCAUUUACGAAACAUUUGCUACAACGAGCAACAGGUGGACCCCGAGCAGCCCGACGAUGUCAAGCAUUGUUUCAGGUGCAACGAAUGCGACAAGGCGUUCAGGUACAAAUCAACAUUGGAUUCCCACAAACAAACUCACAACCCGCUCUACUGCGAGGUGUGCAUGAAACUGGUACGCGACUCGGAGGCAUUGGCGAUGCACAAAGAAUCCCACACGCCAUUUCAGUGCAACCGGUGUGAGGAGAACUUCCCCGUGUUCAAGGCCCUUCACAAGCACUACAUCGACGCCCACAACCCCACCGAGCCUUACACCUGCACCCACUGCCUCACAACCUUCGCCAGCUUGAAGCGCUUCAUCAGACACGAGUGGAAACACACCGGUUACCAACCGUUUCAGUGCACGAACUGCACCAAAAGGUUCAGGUCGUACUCUGACCUUUUGGAGCACCAGAAAAAACACACCAAAGCGUAUCCGUUCCUCUGCUGGGAGUGCGGCAAGAAAUUCCGGCACGGCGUCACACUGACGAGGCACGUGGAGCGCGUGCAUCACUCCGGCGAGCCCGUGACAGAGAAACCCGCGCCGACCUUCACCUGCGCCCAGUGUGGGAAGACAUUCACUUCCAGAAGGUGCCUUCUGAAACACGAUAAUUUCCACCACAAAGGGCUGCGGUUCCCAUGUGAGUUCUGCGGAAAGGGAUUCUUUGGCAAGGACGCUCUGGUGAGGCACACUUUGAUCCACACGGGCGAAAGGCCGUUCAAGUGCGACGACUGCGACAAGUCUUUCAGAUCUUCUGCAGAACUAAAGAUCCACAGGAGAUACCAUACUGGGGAGCGACCAUUUAAGUGCAACAUCUGUGAAAAGGGUUUUGUCCAGUCGUGCUUUCUUACCUUGCACAUGCGAACCCACACAGGAGAGAGACCAUAUGUUUGUACAAUAUGUAGUAAGGGCUUUUCAAGCUUGCACGGCUUAAAACGACAUAGGAGACUUGUUCAUGCGUAGUUAAUGUUAACAUGAUACUAAUUCACAUAGGGAGGUUCUGUUUAACGUUCCCCUAUUGAAGGAGCUCAGGUUACAUCCACACUAAUACAUUUUUGCUUUAAAACGCAUAACUUUUGCAACGUUUAGGCCUAGCGUCCAUACUACUCCAGCGUUUUUUGAGCACUUAAAACGUUGUUUGAAAACACUACUCACCCCAUUUUAGUAAUAAAAAUCCAGGGUUGUGUUUUAGUCUGGACAGGCGGAAACAAAGACCUUUUUAAAAACAAUGAAGUAGACAAUUUAUAACGUGUCCUUCCCUUUGUCACGCCCCAUCACGUGAACCUUUUCCGAAAGAAAACAAACGGCAUCUGUUGUGUUUUCCGCCGUGUUGAAUGCCUUAUACGCAUGUGUUACUUUAAGUAACAGCUCCACCUCGUCGUAGGUCUAAGCACUUUUCCCCAUUGCUUUACUUCCUGCGUAGCAUUUUCUGCAAAUGAAGAACUAACUGCGCUGCUUCCGUUUAACACCGGUACGCGCAUGCCCAGUGUAUGUGAAUGGUCAUGUGAUAUGCGUUUUCAGGCUUGGUAGUAUGGACGGAGAGAAAUUCUGAAACGGCCCUAAAAAUGCUCAUCUGGACGGAGAUCGUUUUCGUUUUAAAACGAAAACAUAUUAGUGUUGAUGUAGCCUCAGAGGUCAGCAUCAGAUGUAGACCAGAACUUGAGGAUCAGUUGAGGAUUUGACCUUGCUCAAGGACCCUUCAGCAGUGUGACUGAGAUGGGGAAUUAAAAACUAGGUUUUUCCAGUUGAAGGACGUUUUUCCUUAAAAUGUCAGCCACAUUGCUGUCUCUGUGGCUGUCACAGCUCCGGAUCGUUGGGAACUGUUUAAUUGUAUAGUGCAUUAUAAAAAAAAUUUAACUUUGUAUUUUUUACAGAAAUGUUUGCUGUAGUUCUACAUAAGAUUUGUAUGUAUAAAUGCUAUAAUCCUUGAUUCCUUUGGGAAUCGAUUUCUUUUUCUUGAAUAAAUUGAACAUUUCAUUCCAAGUGUCA